AUGGAAAACGAUUCCAGAAAACGAGCUCGAGCUGCUUCCCCUCUACACGACGUCACUGUCUGCUUAAGUGGUUUGACACAUGAUGUGAAGAAGCAAAUACAUGAUAUGGUUGAAUCUCUUGGUGGGAGGUACACACGGGAGUUCAACAUCGAUACGAAUACUCACUUGAUCGCAAAUGUUGCACAAGGGGCGAAAUACGACCUUGCCAAGUCACAUUCUCACAUUCAUGUUGUGAAGCCAUCGUGGCUCCUUGCUUGUUCCAAAGAAGGAAGCCGGGUCGAGGAGACGGCUCACCUAUUGGAUUCUGAAGUCAAACAAAACGACAAAAUCGAAGUCGAUAACAGUUCGCUUGCUCUUCGAGCUGAGCUGCUGCUAAAUGACAGGAAAAUGCUAUGUUCAGUUUUCAAGAACUGCCGCUUUUAUCUUUUGGGGUUUGAAGGACACAGCGGUUUUAAGAGGGCUCUGGGAAAGCUCAUUCGUCGGGGAAUGGGGAUGAUUUAUUGGGAGUUGAAUGAAGAGAUCACCACGUUGGUUCUUCACAAAAGCUGUGACGCAUCGCUGAGAAAGGCUGCAAAAACCGUGACAGAAUGCCAUAUGAAUCUGCCGUCAGCUGUUUCUCCUGCCUGGGUUAUAGACUCGUAUAAGGCGGGAACAAAUCUUUGCACAAGUCAGUAUCCACCCACAGAACCGGUCCAAAGCACUGAAAUUGUUACUCCUAAUUCUUCCAAACCAUCCAGAAAGCUGUUUCAAAAGAUGAAUUCCAAUUCGACGAUAUUCAAAGGUUGCCUGUUUUCUCUCUCGCGAGUCGCACCUCCUCAGUGGGCCGUUGACUUUGAAUCGAAGGAGCAAGAAGCUUUGAUAAAAUCGCAUGGGGGCCAAAUUCUAUCUCUAAAAUUGCUGGAUGCCAUUCGCGUUGAUGCUGGAUCUGGAGGAAUUCGACGAAAAUGCUACGUUGUGUGUUGGGGUGGAAGGCCUCAAAUGCAUUUGAAUCCUUUUUUGUCGGAGCUCCAAAGAAAGGACUUAUGCACAUUGAUUGAGGUCACUCCAAUGUGGUUAAAGGCCUGUGUCGUGGCACAGAAAAGAAUUGCCACUGAUACUUUGGCAUUAGCUCUUGCUCCAAAACCAUGGCCAUUGCGUAGACUUGACUCUUCCAUCUCAAUUGUGCUGAGUGGUUUUACCAGCACACAAAAACUUGCGGUAACGAAAUUGAUUGAAGCUGUUGGAGGUCGGAUUACUGGUGAUAUGACAAAGUCAAACACACACUUGAUCUGUCACGAAGGAUCGUCUAGCCCGAAAGUAGUUAAGGCAUCUCAGUGGGGUAUCCAUAUUGUCACGCUUGAAUGGCUGGAACAUGUCAUCGAGCAUGGAUUGGGUGGCAAACAGAAAUGCAAAGGGGGCUGCGAAUCCCGUUUCUCCUUUACUUCAUCGAUGACGCGAGGCUUUGAAAUUGAAUAG